AUGUUGCACGUCAUCAGGGCUGCUGUGAAGUUGGCUUACAUCAUCGACGAGGUGGUUGAUUGGGACAGUAGGCGGACCGGCACCUCGUGCAACAAGGUGCGUCGCGCGGCCAAUAGUCAUGCAAAGCAGAGCGGUCCUUACGCCAGCUUUGGCAGACGGGCGAACCAUGAUGCGACGACCGACUUUCCGAUUUAGUUGCGCCUUGUUGAAUACUGAUGGUGUUGUGUCUACGAUUCCCUCGAGUAAGGGCUUUUCAGGAUAUGCUGUUGGGCCCUCACGCAUCGAUACUCCCCUGAUCUAG